AUCGCCAGGAAAAAAUACAGGAAAGUUUUAAUUGUUAGGAACCGAAAUGGCUAAAAACACAUCCUUGUAUUUUCGUAUCAUCGAAGGAAGAAAUUUACCAGCCAAAGACGUGUCUGGAACUAGUGACCCUUACUGUAUAGUCAAAGUGGACAAUGAGAUAGUGGCCAGAACUGCUACAGUAUGGAGGAACCUAAAUCCGUUCUGGGGUGAGGAAUAUACUCUCCAUCUGCCCAUGGGCUUCCACAACCUCUCGUUUUAUAUAAUGGAUGAAGACACCAUUGGGUACGAUGAUGUCAUUGGGAAGAUCUCCCUUAAUAAGGAAUACAUUGCCGCUCAUUUACGAGGAAUUGACAAUUGGAUAAACCUGACUCGGAUUAACCCAGAUGAAGAGAUUCAAGGAGAGAUACACCUGGGCUUAGAAAUACUCCAAGACCGGCAGACAAAAGCACUUAGAUGCCAGCUUAUUGAAGCCAGAGAUCUCGCACCAAGAGACAUUUCUGGCACAUCAGAUCCAUUUGCAAGAGUGGUAUUUAACAACAAAACUACAGAAACAGCCACUAUAAAGAAGACUCGUUUUCCUCACUGGAAUGAAGUGUUUGAGUUUGAACUGGAGGAUGAUUUGCCAACAGAAGGAAUGACGUUCACUGUGGAAGUCUGGGACUGGGAUAUGGUGGGAAAGAAUGAUUUUCUGGGAAAGGUUGACUUCAAUCUGGAUGCCCUUCAGAAGACUCAAAUGGCCAAGGGCUGGUUUAGGUUGUUGCCUUUUGAAAAAAAUGAAGACGAUGCAGGGGGUAAAUUAGGAGCAUUACGAUUAAAAAUCAGGUUGGCAGAAGAUCGGAUACUACCAUCAAUGUACUAUCAGCCACUGAUUGACCUCUUGGUGGAACCUGUGAUUGCUCCAGCUAAAGUUGAGGAUAUGACCCCUCUCACCAUGCUGGAAGAAGUUACCACAGUGGAGAGCAGGCAGGAUGUGGCGGUAACCCUGGUGAAGAUUUUCCUGGGGCAGGGUCUGGUGGUGCCAUUUCUUGACUACCUCAAUAUGAGAGAAGUGAACAAAACAACUGAUCCAAACACACUUUUUAGAUCCAAUUCCUUGGCUUCGAAGGCUAUGGAACAGUUUAUGAAGCUGGUUGGAAUGCCAUAUUUACACGAGGUGCUGAGGCAAGUCAUUAACCGCAUAUUUGAUGAAAAGAAAUACAUUGAACUGGAUCCUUGUAAAAUUGACAUUAACAAAACAAGGAGGAUAUCUUUCAAAGGGAGCCUUUCAGAAGCUGGCGUACGAGAAUGUAGCCAGGAGCUUUUAAAAUCUUACCUGACUGAUGUGAUGGAUGCCAUUGUGGGUUCAGUGGAGCAGUGUCCUUCUGUUAUGAGAGUGGCUUUCAAACAAUUACAUAAGCGAGUGGAGGAGCAGUUUCCAGAAGCAGACAAUGAGGAUGUUAAGUACUUGGCUAUUAGCGGCUUCCUGUUUCUGAGAUUUUUUGCUCCAGCUAUUUUAACGCCCAAACUCUUCAGCCUGAGAGAUCAUCAUGCCGAUACGAGGACAGGAAGGACCCUGCUGCUUUUGGCAAAGGCGGUUCAGAGUAUUGGUAACCUGGGUCUUCAAUUGGGACAUGGAAAAGAACAGUGGAUGACACCCCUUCAUCCAUUUAUUUUACAAAGUGUAAGCUGUAUGAAGGAUUUCCUUGAUAAGCUAAUAGACAUCGACAGUGAAGUUACUGAACUUCAGCAACGAGCCGUGUUUCACCCUUCAGUGACGAUUAAAGAAGGCUACUUGCACAAACGGAAAGCAGAGGGUGUCAACCUUGUCACUCGUUUCACCUUCAAAAAGCGCUAUUUCUGGCUUAGCAGUGAAACGCUGUCAUAUGCCAAGACUCCGGAUUGGCAGGUGCGGUCGUCUAUUCCAGUCCAACGUAUAUGUGCGGUUGAGCGAGUGGAUGAAAAUGCUUUCCAGCAGCUCCAUAUGAUGCAGAUCAUCACCCAGGACAAUGAGGCACAGCUACACAUAAUGUACAUCCAGUGUAAGAAUGUAAAUGAACUGAAUCAGUGGCUGUCGGCUAUCAGGAAAGCCAGUAUCUACAAUGAGCGCAUGCUUCCUUCCUUUCAUCCAGGUUCUUACAGGAGUAACCGCUGGACUUGUUGCCUGCACACUGAUAGGACUGUUCAGGGAUGCAGUCGCACGCAUUCAGCUGUAACUCUUGGCGACUGGAGUGACCCCCUCGACCCUGAUGUUGAGACACAGACUGUUUACAAGCAACUCUUACAAGGCAGAGAAAAGCUGAAAAAGAAGUACCUUGAAUCUCUAGAUGCAGGAACAGUGAUGGACCAGAAAGAAAGAAUGCACGGCGAUGGGGUUAAGCAAGCAGGAGUCGAGAGGAGCCGUUCUUUUCACGAUCGGAGGAUGUCAGCAGCUGCCAGACUUUUGGAUGUUAUACAAGAUCUUGAACGUGCUCAUCAGGCAUUUGAACGCAGGGAGAAAGAGGACCAAGCCAACGAGAUGUUAGUUCCCUGA